GUCAUAAGUACAGUAGGCGGGAAUGUGAAGUGCGCAAUAUUGCAUGAAAUUGGUAAUAAUUGAGUGUUUUGCUGUCCCCAAUUUUAUGAUGCGACCAUGUUCAAGUUAAUGAAAUGUAUAUUGUUAAAGAACGACGCGAUGGGCAUUACACACUCGACGUCCACACUGUGACACAUAAUCAUUGACUUUGUGUCAACACAUCUGCUGUUUCAAAGGUCUUUCUGAACAGACACGAUGAACAAGACCUACCGGACGCCAAUGAACAAAGAUGAGUUGGAGCGGCAGUACUCACCAAGCCGCUGGUCGCACAGGAUGUCUGCUGAUGACGUCAUCAAAGCCCAUGUGGCAGCGUUAAAAUCAGGUACGGAGAAGGCGCGUGCCGUCACUCAGACUUUGCUUGAUGUUCCAUACGGUGAUGGUGACGGUGAGAAACUGGACGUUUAUGUCCCCAGCAGCUCUUCUCCAGAUCUCCCACUGGUGAUUUACCUGCAUGGAGGAUACUGGCAGUUUCUCAGUAAGGACGAGUCUGGAUUCCUGGCCGUCCCAUUGGUGCAGAAAGGUGUGGUGGUGGUCGCCGUGGGUUACAGUAUUGCCCCCAAAGGAAAUAUGGAUUUGAUGGUGUCGCAGGUGCGGAGAAGCGUGGUGUCUGUUAUUCAACAGUAUUCACACAUCAGUGGUCUUUACCUGUGCGGUCACUCGGCAGGUGCACACCUGGCUGCUAUGGUCCUGUCCACUGAUUGGUCUCAGUACGACAUUUCCCCCCAGAUUAAAGGUGCGUUUCUGGUUAGUGGCAUUUACGACCUGCAGCCGAUUCUCUCCACCUAUGUGAACGAGCCCCUGAAGAUGACCGAGGACGUGGCGUUACGGAACAGCCCCAGUCGCCUGCUGUCACAGCUCUCGUCCUCUUCCUGUCACAUCGUGAUCGCUGUAGCUCAGAACGACUCGCCGGAGUUCCGCAAACAGUCCCAGGAAUAUUUCAAAGAUUUGGAAUCCGCCGGACUCAAAGUCUCUUAUGAGGACGUCCCAGACACAGAUCACUUCAGCAUCAUAGAGCAACUCGUAGAUGAGAAGUAUCACCUCACUAAGCUCCUGCUAAAGAUGAUGGGGAGAAGCUGAUGAUCCCACAAUGCACUGCUCUGUCACAGAUCUGGACAAUCCCCCCGGAGCAACCUGGAGUUAAGUGUCUUACUCAAGGACACAAUGGUGGUGACUGUGGGGAUCAAACCAGCAACCUUCUGAUUACCAGUUAUGUGCUUUAGCCCACUACACCACCACCACUCACAGGAGGAACAUGCUGGACCAUGUUGGUGUAAACUGCCGGCCAAGAUGUUUUGGAGUGUUUGCAAAAAGGACGAGAAUAUAAUAUUUGUUUUAUUAAAAACAUAUGAUGGUGUAAAAUCGUAAAAGAAGCUAUUUUAAUGACAAUUAGAAAAUAAUGCAAAAUUUAAUCGUCCACUUAUCAAACAUGAUUGCAUGAUAAAUAUAUUGAUCAUUUAUCAAUCGUGCACUUACAUCAUUUAUGCUCUAAAUAACAAAUAUAUCAAUAUAAAUGCAAUCCAAUGAUUGUCAGACAUUCAAACAAAUAAAACUAGAGGUGUUGUUAUGACAAUCAUAAAAUAUUGUGUGUUGGUUGACCUUUUAUUUGCUACUUAUUAAAGUGUGCAAUGAAUAACAUGUUUUAAUUCAGAACUGUUAAAGGUAUAUUAUUCAUCCAUAUUUCGACACAUUUUAUGAAUCAAAGUUAAUUACACACUCAAAUUAUUUUAGCCUAUUUUUAAGAUGUAUUUUAUAUUAAAGAUUACUCAAUUCAAUUCAUAUUUUGUGUUUCACAUUGUAAAAUGUCUUCAUGACUUUAUCA